AAAAGUUCUAUCUUAAGAGGGUUUAUGUCUUUAAAUAGUAUUACCAAUGCCUCAAAAAAAACCAGUACCUUCAGCAAAAAAAAAUCCUGCAAAAAUUGUGGAAGAUAAGACUUUUGGUCUUAAAAAUAAAAACAAGUCAUCCAAAAUCCAAGCUCAAAUUCGUCAAAUAGAAUCUCAAGCAGCAAACAUUGGAAAAAACAAAAUUGCAAAGGAAAAAGAGAUUCAAAAAAAGGAACAAGCAGAGAAAAAAAUAGCAGAAGAAUCCAGAAAGAUGGAACUUUCGGAGUUAUUUAAACAACCACCUCAGAAAGUACCGUUUGGUGUGGAUCCAAAAAGUGUUCUUUGUCAAUAUUUUAAACAAGGUUUUUGUGAUAAAGGGAAAAAGUGCAAAUUUAGUCAUAAUCUUGAUGUUGAAAAGAGAUCAGAGAAAAAGGAUAUAUAUACAGAUUCUCGUUUAACGCAUUUAAAUGAAGACAAAUCACUUAUUGAUAAAAGGAAUGAUGUUAUUGAUUCAUGGGAUGAUGAAAAACUUCAAUCUGUUGUUUUAAGUAAACAUGGAAAUCCAAAGACAACAACGAAUAUUGUUUGCAAGUUUUUCCUAGAGGCAAUAGAAAAGGGUAUUUAUGGAUGGUUCUGGGUUUGUCCAAAUGACGGAGAUAAUUGUAAAUAUAAACACAGCCUUCCUCCUGGAUUUAUUUUGAAAAAUAAGCAAAAAGAUAAAAAAGAAGACUUAAUUACAUUAGAACAAUAUAUUGAAAUAGAAAGGCAUAAACUUGGGCCAAAUCUAACGCCCGUAACGUUAGAAACAUUUACAGAAUGGAAGAGAAAGAGAGAUCAAAAGAAAGAGCAAGAGGAAUUAGAAAAUAGAAAAAGAAAAGAAGCCAAUUUAGCAGCUGGACGAACUAUUGGUUUAAGUGGAAGAGAAUUAUUUGAAUAUGACACUUUUAUGUAUGAAGAUGAAGAAGAUGAAGAUAAUGACGAUAAAGCAUUGGACUUAAAUGAAUUUAGAAGAGCCUUAGAUGAUCUAGAAGAUAUAGACGAGUAAGAAAUAAAAUUAUUAUAAUUUCUAACACACCAAAAAUGAGCAUUU